AUGCCUUUCACGAUGAAAAUUCAGCCGAUCGAUUCUCAGGUGCCGGCCGAGAGAAUUAAGCCGGUUGUGAAGUCGCGGCUUAAGCGACUCUUUGAGCGUCAGUUCUCAGGCGUUCUGAAGAAUCCAGCAGUGGAGAAGAUCGGUGGCGAUGAGCCGCAUGCACGCAAGGACGGUAACGGAAACGGAAACGGCAUCGUCGAUUUCGAACCAAGCUCGGUGUGUCUGGCGAAGAUGGUACAGAGUUUCAUUGAAGAGAAUCAAGAGAAACAUUCGGUUUCCUGUGCUCGCAAUUGCUUCAAUGGAAGCUUCGAUGAUUGCUCCGACACUGAACAACACGCGCUCGGUGGCUCUUCCUCCGGUGAAGUGUACGAAACCCUCAAGGGUUUGGUGGCGUGUCCAAAUGUUUUUGAAAAGAAUCUGUUAGCGGAGAUAACAAAGAUUAUUGAGAAGAACAAAACUGUGUGCAAACGCAAAGACGAUGAUUGCAGAAAGACUAUAACUGAUGGAUUGUUAACUCUUGGAUACGAUGCUUCAAUUUGCAAAUCUCGCUGGGAAAAAUCAACUCUCUGUAUCGCCGGGGAAUAUGAAUACGUUGAUGUGAUAAUGGGAAAGGAGAGAGUGAUAAUUGACGUUGAUUUCAGAUCAGAAUUUGAGAUUGCUCGGUCAACAAAGUCUUACAAAGCGAUUCUCCAAACGCUUCCUUACAUUUUUGUAGGGAAGAGUGAUCGUUUACAGAGUAUUGUAGCCAUAGCUUCUGAGGCAGCGAAACAGAGUCUGAAAAAGAAGGGUUUGCAUGUUCCACCAUGGAGAAAACUGGAAUACGUUAGAUCGAAAUGGUUAUCUCCUUACACAAGAACCAAACCACCUCUGUUUUGCAAUUGGCCUCGUGAAAUCAGUGAGGAAACUGAGAGAAAACAGAGGAUUUCGAUGGGUGGUGGUGGUGGUGAGUCUGAAGUGAGCCAUGAUGAGUCAGAGUCAAAAGUGGUGGUUGAAUGGAAGCCACCAGAAUUGAAACCCAAAAACUCGCUGACCGGGGUUAAGGUUGUGACUGGUUUAGCAGCUGUCUUUCGUGAAAGCCCAUAA